AUGGGUGUUGGUAUAGGCGGACCUUGGAAGCUUAAGCAAUCCGUAAGGAAGAUCGACCUCGCAAAAUAUGUGCCGGUAAUGCUCCUCACUAGUGCAUGCUACGGCGGUGGCUGGAUCCAGGAACUAUUGCUGAAUGAGGCUGUAUUGCAUCCUUAA